AUGUCAUUGUUUCUUGGGUUCGAUUUAUCAACACAGCAGUUGAAGGUGAUUUCUAUCCAUUCAGAUCUAUCUCACCAUAAAACUUACCGGGUGGAGUUCGACACUGAACUUUCUGAAUAUGGAAUACGGAAAGGUGUCUUUUCGAAUGACGAAACCGGAGAGAUCAAUGCUCCGGUUGAGAUGUGGGUCGAGGCUUUAGAGAUGUGUUUCGAUAAGAUGAAGAAAGACGACUUUCCAUUUUCCGACGUCAAGGCUAUGAGCGGAUCUUGUCAACAACACGGAUCUGUUUAUUGGUCAUAUGAGGCGCCGGAGUUGCUGAAGUCUUUGUCUGCUGACAAGCCAUUGGCCAAACAGUUAGCUCCAAAUGCGUUCACUUUCCAGAUGUCGCCAAAUUGGCAAGAUCAUUCGACCGGUCCUGAAUUGAAAAUUUUCGAGGAAUCAGUGGGUGGCGGUGACGAGUUGGCUCGGAUCACAGGCUCCAGAGCCCAUUAUCGGUUUACUGGACCUCAGAUUAGAAAACUGGCCAGCAGAAUCGACCCGAAGAAGUACCAUGAAACUUAUCGGAUUUCAUUGGUUUCGAGUUUUUUGAGCUCUUUAUUGUGUUGCAAGAUCACCAAUAUUGAAGAAAGUGAUGGUUGUGGAAUGAAUAUCUACGAUAUUCAAAAGUCCCAAUAUGACGAUGGAUUAUUGGCCGUCACUGCUGGUGUUCAUCCUAAAAUAGACCAAUGCUCAGAAUCCGAAACCAAAGCCGGUAUUCAAGAGUUGAAAGACAAGCUGGGUCCUUUGGAUCCUGUUGGACACAAAAGCAUUGGAACCAUUGGACACUACUUUGUGUCCAAGUAUGGCUUUUCCGAAUCUUGUAAAGUCUAUUCUUUUACUGGAGACAACCUUGCCACCAUCCUUGCAUUGCCAUUGGGAGCUAACGAUACGUUGAUUUCCAUGGGUACUUCCACCACGGCAUUGCUGGUCACUAGCACUUACAAGACGUCUGAAAACUACCAUAUUUUCAAGCAUCCUACUUUGAAAGACCAUUACAUGGGAAUGCUUUGUUACUGUAACGGAGCAUUGGCUAGAGAAAUCGUUCGUGACAAAUUGAAUGAAAAGUAUAAGGAACCCAAGAACUCUUGGGACAAGUUCAACUCUCUUCUUGACAAGUCUGUUCCCUUGAACGGGAAAUUCGAGCUUGGUAUCUACUUCCCACUCGGAGAGAUCAUUCCAAAUGCAAAACCAUGCGAGCGUCGUUUCCGUUUUGAUGUCGACAAAAAGGAGUUAUUAGAAGUUGAGCCAUGGUCCAUCGAGGAAGAUGUUAACAGCAUCAUCGAGUCUCAAGCUUUGUCUUGUAGAUUGAGAAUGGGUCCGUUGUUGGCUUCUACUUCUAAACAGCAACUGGUUGACAAAUAUGGAGUUCUUUCCAAGCUGGAGAAAUACGGUGAGAUUCAAGCAGACGGAAAACCACAAUCACAGGAUGCCUUGCUGUGCAGACCAAAAAAGGUUUUCUAUGUUGGCGGAUCUUCCAAGAAUCCCUCGAUCGUCGCGAAGUACUGCGAUAUUCUGGGUCCUACAGAAGAUAACUACAAGAUCGACAUCAGUGAUGCAUGUGCUUUGGGAGGAUGCUUCAAAUCCCUGUGGUCGUUCGGAAGCGAAUCCGGAGAGAUCAAAGACGACUACAUGAAAUGGUUAUCUGCCAGUUUUGACUGGAACGAAGGAACAGAGAAACUGGGUCCAGGAAACCAUUGGGACGAAUAUGCGGACGGAGUUGGAAUCAUCAGUUCAGCAGAGAAAAAAUUGGAAUCUUAA